AUGUCUUUAGAUGAAGAAGCUUCAUCAUCUUCUUCUUCGUUCCAUCAUCAACAAGCAACAACAACAAACACUUUUGUUGCUCCGACAGCCACUCAAUCCAUCUAUGAUCAAAUUAUUGCAGCGAAUACUUCACCCUAUACAAUUUAUUUCCGACAAAUGUUUAUGAGUUUUCCAUUCUUGAUGAGUUUAUUACUUUUUAUUUAUUAUUAUGCACACGUGAAUGGAAUGUUUGAUGAAGUGAGAGUUUAUAUGAGUUCUAAAUUAAGAAAUUUAACACAUGUCAUGAGGAUGUCAAGUGUAGAAGAUGAUGACUAUUAUGAUGAAAAGAAGGAGAUGAUCAUGAGACAAAUCAAAACGAAACAAAGCAUAUUCCUCACAAAAUUGAGUGAUAAUUAUUUACAAGCUUUCAAAGAUGAUUCAGAAAAGAAGAAAAUUGUGGAAGAAGCCAAAUUGAAAAUUGAAAACACUCCUUGGGCCUUGUCAACCAUAUUCUUUGGCCCUUCUGCUUUCAAUGAAAUGUCACUUUACAGAUAUCCAAUGUUUUUCGGAUUUUCUGGAAUGGCACAGACAAUGCUUGCUAGAGUUGUGAAAGGAAAUAGAUUUUCAAGGCUGUUAGGCUUUGGAAAAUUGACAAGUGACAACAUUUCUCAUUACUACGAGAAGGAAGGUUGGAAGCAUGAAAAGCUUGCUGCCUCCACUAGAUUUUCUAUUCAUCGAGUCAUUAUUUAUAACAGAGAAGGAAGAUCUCACAAUUACCCAUUGACCACUGGCUCUAAUUUCAAAUUAUUAGGUGAUGCAAACGCUCUGAGGUAUUGCAUUCAACAACUCGCAGAGAAAUACACAAUUGGCAAAGUAUCAAAUUCUCAAUUCAUUGGUGAUCAAUUGAUUGGAGUUGGAUGGGGCUUUGGUGCUAAUUUACUAUUAAGCACCAUAUCUGGUCUUUCCAAAACAAAUUACUUCUCCAUGUGCAUUUCCAUUUCAAACCCAUAUGACAUCAAAAUUGCAUGA